UCUAAACUCGGUCAGGACUCUGGUCUAGUUUCAGGAAACUUUCCACCUUUAAGACGCGUUUAGGGGACCGGCACUCUGUGGAAUACCGUCUCUUUUCAGCUUCCUUCUUGCACACAAUGGAGGAGUAAACUCUUUCUUUUUUUCUUCAAAUGGGAAUUACAUGUGCGCGUGAAACUUUGGCUCGCUUUUCUCCUCAGUGACUCUCGGACCUUUUUUCGCCCGAAACAUGCCGGAGCGAAUAAGCAUUUCGGACUUUGUGGUCCUGACAAACGAGGAUUUAUCUUCGCCGGCGACUUCGAGUUUUCAGUCCAAAAUGAGCGACUGCCGGAACACAGUUUCAGCCGUGGAAGAGACUCUGGAGAUGGACCACACAACUCUGCACAGGAUGAAGAAGAUGAUCAAAGCCAUACACACAACUGGACUCUCCCAUGUGGACAACAAGGAGCAGUAUAUUGAGGUGCUGGAGAACCUGGGGAAUAGCCACCUGACCCAGGACAACAACGAAGUCUCCACAGGUUUCCUCAACCUGGCUGUGUUCACCAGAGAGGUCACAUCUCUCUUCAAAAAUCUGGUACAAAACCUCAAUAACAUCAUGGCGUUUCCUUUGGAAAAUGUUCUGAAGUCAGAGCUCCGGGACAGCAGACUAGAGCUCAAGAAACAGAUGGAGAAGAGCUGGAAGGAGUAUGACAUAAAAAUAGGGAAGCUAGAAAAGGAGAAGAAGGAGAAGACCAGGCAGCUGGGGCUGAUCAGGAUGGAGGGAUUAGACGGCGGGGAAGACAUGGAGAGAGAGAGGAGGUCCUUUCAGCUGCAAAUGUGUGAGUAUCUUUUGAAGAUCCAGGAGUUGAAGGUGCGUCAAGGCCCUGAUCUUCUCCAGAGUCUUAUCAAAUAUUUCCAGGCCCAGCUCAGUUUCUUUCAGGAUGGGCUGAAAGCUGCAGAGAAUCUCGCCCCCUUUAUCGAGAAGCUUGCUGCUUCUGUGCACACGGUGCGUUUGGACCAGGACGAGGAAGUAAAGCAACUCACUCAGUUGCGGGAUUCUCUCAGAUUACUUCUCCAAGUGGAGGGAAAAGAAGAGUACCUGAACAGGAAGAACUCUGGCAAUGGGUAUAGCAUCCACCAACCACAAGGCAACAAGAAGUAUGGAACAGAGAAAUCUGGCUUUCUGCUCAAGAAGAGUGACGGGAUCAGGAAGGUGUGGCAGAAGAGAAAGUGUGGAGUCAAAUUUGGCUGCUUGACCAUUUCCCACAGUACGAUCAAUCGCCCGCCUGCCAAGCUGAACCUACUGACUUGUCAGGUGCGACCAAACCCAGAGGACAGGAGGACCUUUGACCUUGUCACUCAUAAUCGGACAUACCAUUUCCAGGCAGAAGAUGAGCAGGAAUGUGUGAUCUGGGUGUCAGUGCUACAGAAUAGUAAGGAGGAGGCCCUGAACACAGCGCUGGGAGGAGACCAGCUCCACCUCCAGGACAGCGGGCUCCAGGAACUUUCUCGAGCCAUCAUUGCUGAGCUUCGACACAUGCCUGGCAAUGAGGCCUGUGCUGACUGUGGGGCCCCAGAUCCAACAUGGCUGUCAACCAAUCUGGGCAUCCUGACCUGUAUAGAGUGCUCUGGGAUCCACAGAGAGCUGGGUGUCCACUACUCCAGGAUCCAGUCUCUCACUCUGGACCUACUGAGCACGUCUGAGCUCCUGUUGGCUGUCAGUAUUGGCAACACCAGAUUCAAUGACAUCAUGGAGGCAGUCCUUCCAAAUGACUCUGUCAAACCACUGCCACAAAGUGAUAUGAAUGCCAGAAAGGAGUACAUUGUGGCGAAGUAUGCUGAGCGUCGGUACGUCCUACGCAGAGAAGACGCAGAUCCCGGCCGGCUGUAUGACGCCGUGAGGAGUCGUGACCUCCCUUCUCUUCUGCAGCUCUACGCUGAGGGAGCUGACCUGACCAAACCACUCACACUGCCUGAUGGACAGGUGAAGAUAAUUUACAGCCACAAGUGGAUUUCCACACCUGCAUUUCUGCCAGAAAUGUAUCCUGUUAGGGGGAUCAAAGAGACAGCUCUUCAUCUUGCUGUGCGUCUGGAGGAAAAAAGCUCUCUGGCGCUGGUGGAUUUCCUCUGCCAGAACAGCAACUGUCUGGAGAAGAGAACAGCAGAAGGAAACACAGCUCUGCAUUACAGCGUCCUAUAUCACAAGCCUGAGUCUCUCAAGUUACUGCUAAAAGCAAAGGCAGCCCUACACACAGUGAACUCAGCAGGAGAGACGGCCCUCGAUACUGCUAGGAGGCUACAGCACACACAAUGUGUCGAUCUGUUGGAGCUGGCCCAGAGUGGGAAGUUUAACUCUCAGAUCCAUGUGGAGUUCACGUGGGAGACUCCAUCUCAGGAGCUCUAUGACAGUGAGGAUGACCUGGAUGAAAGGGUGAGCCCAUUACCCAAAAACCGUUCUCCAUUGCCCUCCAAUGGAGGUAAUGGAACCUCCUUUGCCCGCUGGAGUGUGGCUAAUUCUGGAACUGGUAGCAGGCCUUGUCAGACUUAUGAGAAUAUAGAUUUCCUGUACAGAAAUCCUCCUGCCAACAGUGCCCCCUCUGGAGCAUCAGGGCCACCGCCACUUCCAGCUAAAUCCAUUCAGAGAGGUCGCUCAGACCCCCAGAUUUCAGUCACAACACAGGAAGGAAACCCCAUUCCAAGACGUUGCUCUAACCCGGCCUCCCACUCCUCAAGUCCCCAGACACAGGCAAGACACCGCCCUCCUUCACCCAACACAGAGAACCAAUGCCAAGGUGGGAGACCCCCUAGGUCUCCGCACGGACAUGGAGGUCUGUUUAGGGGACAGAAGCAGACCUGUGAGGGCCAUCCUGGUGCUAGUUCUGGGUCUCAAAGCAGUGCCAUGCUGACAUCCUCUCAGAAUCACAUAGGUCCUGUCAGUUCAGAGAAGACCACGUCAUAUCGUCGGACCAGCAGUGGAGGAGGCAACCAGGGGAAAUGUGGUGCGUUGUCUCCGAGCUGUGUGGGCAGCCAGGAGGAACUGUAUUGCAGUUUAUUGGGGAAUAAUCCAGGCCUGACCCCAGCUCCUGCCCCAGCCCCGUCAUCAUCGCCUACCGUGACCUGUGCUCAUCGACCUCGCAGGAACGCAAUGGUUUCUGGCAGCAGGCCACAUCAGAAGCGUGUCAGGGCUUUAGUGGACUGCCGAGCAGUGAGUUCAGAGCAGCUUGCCUUUUUCAAAGAUGAGAUCAUUGUGGUCACGGCCACUAAUGACCCCCACUGGUGGGUUGGUCACAUAGAGGGGGAGCCAUCCAGGAGCGGGACCUUUCCUGUCAACUACGUACACAAACUGACAGACUGAAGAACAAGGAAACAUAUCCUGUUUUGUUACUUACUAGAGGAACUGAAACAACAUGGGAUGUUUACUGGAACUAUAUUAUUAUCGCACAGUGGAUUUUAUUGACAGGAGAGGACAAUGUUAUUCUCCUGGAUCCAGCUCAAACAAACUGUGAAUAAUUCCACAUAACGAUGUACUGGCCAAGGAUACCUGAGGAUAUAAAAGAAACUGUUUUAAGGAUGGUGCCUUUUAACAUUUACUUAUCCCGGAAAUAACAAGGGAGCAUAAGGAUUUCACGGCCCUAUAAAAUAUUUUAUUUCAAAGACAUUAUUUUCCCCUGUUGGUCUGUCCUUGGUUUUCUAACUGCUACAUGUUUUUGUCUAAAACCACAAACCACUAUUAAUAGCUAUGAAACUGCUCUGUCCAUUUAACCAUUAAUUACGCACUAUGUUUACGCAAAUGUUUAAGUUCAAGGAUUAAUACCUUGAGGCAAAACUUACCUGCAGGGCAAUACCCUUUAGGCACUUUAAACUCAUUAAGACUAAACCUUCAGAAGAGUUGGCAGAGCUGUAAGCAUGUACUUAGCCAGCUGCUGUAUAUGGAUUUAGCUGCUUUGUGUUCUGUAUGGAAACUGUCCAGUCUUUUAAAUCACAGCACACUGAGAGAUUGGAUUUGAGGUUCAAACCUGCCCAGCGUCUGUUGCAGCCUGCCGUGGGACUCUUAAAGUGGCUUUGUGGCUGCCAGCCUGUCUCCAACAAAACGCCAGGCGUCUGGGCUGCCCAAGGAGAGAUCUGAAACUUUAGCUCAGCCAGCUUCACUCUGGGCACAGCCCACUGCUUCCACGGAGAGAGGAUCCAGUUUCUUCUGGCUCCAGGCAUCUGUCUCUGGAGAACCUGGUAUAACAACGGUGAGUUAGGGAAAAAAAAACUCUCUCUGUUCUACCAGGAAAAGGCACUUAAAGAGGGCUUGUUAAUAACAGCCCUCCACUGCAGUAAUUUGUUCACAGAACACAAAGUCACUUACUGUAGGCACGUGUGUAUCACAUCAGAUAUACACAAGCUCACUUGCACUUACUGUACACGCAGUUUAGCUUCCAGGGGUUAGAAACCUUUAGGGAAGAAAGGAGAGUUGGGAGUGGGACAGGUGUAGAACCAGUAACAAACACCCAAAUGUAACACAUUUCACAGCAAUUUCAUACAAUUUGUUGUACAUGUCUAAAAAUGUCCACCGAUGUGUAUAGUGUAUAUCACUUUUUCUAAUCUCUUUUGCAUUAUAAACAUUUGUAUCAUUACACAGUGUUGCUUCAUGUUGCUGAUUUGAUGUCCUCUUUUCUGUUUUGUUAGUUGUCUAAAUGGCUGUCAGAGAAAAGGAAGGGAACAGUUGCAUAAGUAGUGUUCAGAAAGGAAUCUGUUCCACUGAAGUGAAAGCAAACACAGUGAUAGGAGGCCAGGUAGCAGGUGUUCACUUUGUUUUAAUCAUUCCUGAGUUUAAAUAAACUGGUGAGGCAUCUG